CCGGCGGCUCGCGCAGGCGUGGUGCGGCGGCGGCAGCGGCGAGGAUGGCGGCCUCCAGGUGGCUCCGCGCGGCCGUCGUCCUGCUCUGUGCCUCCGACCUGCUGCUGGUGCUGCCGCCCGGGGCCCGCGCGGCCGAGGGCCCGGCCGGGAAGCCCGGCGAGGCGGCCCCGCCGCCGCCGAAGAAGAAGAAGAAGGACAUUCGCGAUUACAAUGAUGCGGACAUGGCGCGUCUUCUGGAGCAGUGGGAGAAAGACGACGACAUAGAAGAAGGAGACCUCCCGGAGCACAAGCGGCCGGCGGCCCCCGUGGACUUCUCGCAGCUGGACCCGGGCAAGCCGGAGAGCAUCCUGAAGAUGACCAAGAAGGGCAAGACGCUCAUGAUGUUCGUCACCGUGUCUGGGAGCCCCACGGAGAAGGAGACGGAGGAGAUCACCAGCCUCUGGCAGGGCAGCCUCUUCAACGCCAACUACGAUGUCCAGAGGUUCAUCGUGGGCUCGGACCGCGCCAUCUUCAUGCUGCGGGACGGAAGCUACGCCUGGGAGAUCAAGGACUUCCUGGUCAGCCAGGACAGGUGUGCGGACGUCACCCUGGAGGGGCAGGUGUACCCUGGCCGCGGCGGAGGCGGCAAAGAGAAAAACCAGACCAAGCCAGGGAAGGGCAAGAAGAAGGAGGGAGACGCCAAGCCUCGCGCCUCGAAGGAAGGCAACCGAGCCGGCAAGACGCGCGAGGACCUGUAAGGGGCGGGCGGCCUCUGUGGGGGCGUGGGGACCCACACCGCCGGCAUUCUGGCUGCUUCCAGGGCCCGGCACCUGCUCGCUCUGACCACACGCCGGGGCUGUGGGCAGAUCAGAGUCCCUGUUGGAAAGGCUGCAGGGACGAAGACGGCUUUCGCAUUCUCCUCGGACGCGGCCAAGUUCAGGUUUCCUGUGAAGCCGCGUUCGAAGGAAGCCGGACUGUGGCCUUUCCCACUUACAUGGGGGGAGCCCCUGGCCGCCGUCAGCGCCCCCAGUGGCCCUGCUCCGGGCUCGUGUCUGUGCUUGGGUUUUGUGCAGAUUUUGAGAGAGAAGGACACCGGGUUCUGCCUGACACGUUGAGACCUGACGCCAUUGAAGCGGCCUCUUCGCGCUUCGUGCCUGUGAAGUGAGCACGCACCUCGGGCCACAGGACGUGUGCACCCCCCGCCCCUGCAGGACCCGCAGAGACAGGAAGUCCGGUCCCUGGGGUCCCACGCAUCUGGGAUUCCCGGGCCUCCCUCCUCGGUUAAAGGGGCUCUGGGCCUCUGUCCACUGCCGGGUGGCCUGGGGUCGGGGUCCUGUUCGUGUCCUUAUUCAGGAAGCCCCAGCGCCGGCUGUGCUAGGUCACUCGGGCACCGCGGCCCAGGGCCCACCCUCCUCCAUGUGCACACGUGUGUCUGAUGAAGUGCCUACAUGUGUGUAUCUGGUCCUCACGGCGCCCUCCCCACUGGUUCUGACUCCCGUUCCUGUCGGAGCCGCCCCUGGUGGGAGGGGCGGGUUUGUACACAGGUGCCAUUUUUAAGAGCUGCAGUCGUUUGCAAACACCAUCCGUUGUGAUUUUAACAAAAUAACACACGUGCGUGCUCAGAC